AACUGACCUACAUUAUAUCCAGAAAAUUUCCAAAUAAUAAUGGCCAGACUGCUGCAAGAUCCAUGUAAACUUCAACCCUCAGAAUGGUACACCACAAACAAUAUGCAGCAUGCCAGUACAGAGUCCCAGAAAUCCAGGUCAGAAUGCACGAUAUAUGAAAGUCGGAGGCUGGUGGAUGAAAUAGAAAAGACAACUCAAAAAACCCAAAGUGAUGUCAACAAGAAAUUAGAACAGAGACGGGAAGAAAUAAAAUUCUGGAAGCAAGAAUUAGAUAACAAGCUGGAACAAAUUGUUCAUGAGACGGAGAUACUGUUGACUUUCAAGAAUAGGCUGGAGAGAGCUUUGGAGGGCUGCAAAGAGCCACUUGUCAUUGCCCAAAAGUGUCUCCUGUACAGGCAGAGGCGAGUUGGGAUUGACUUGGUGCAUGAUGAAGUGGAACAGGAACUGGUGAAGGAAGCUGAAGUCCUCCAGGGGGUUAUUGCUUUACUUGGACGUACAUUGGAACAAACAAAUGAGCAAAUCAGACGAAACCGUUCAGCAAAAUACAACCUGGACAUGGAUCUGAAGGACAAAUUCACAGCUUUGACGAUUGAUGAUUACUGUGCUAGCUUGACAAAUGACACUCCUUAUAUUAUCUAUGCUGAUAAUGCCAUGAAACUAGAAGGAAAUUUUGUUAGCCCUGAGGACUGGACAGAUUUCUCAAACAUAAAUGUUGAAAAGGCUGACAAGCAGCGAAACAAUUCUUUGGCCCUGAAGGCACUUAUUGAAGGCAUCCUCUCACAGACAGCAAAUGACAUGCGCAAGCAAUGUGAGACGGUGAACACUGCUUUUAGAAAUAGGGUGAAGGAAGUCAAGGAUGCCAAGCACAAGCUAGAGACACUUCUUGCAAUGGUGAUGGAUGAGACUGCCUCACAGGAGAAGAACAUUGCAGCCUUAAAGAAAGCAAUCGCUGACAAGGAAGGACCUGUAAAAGUGGCUCAAACCCGCUUGGAAGUGAGAAACCAUCGCCCCAAUGUGGAACUGUGCUAUGACACAGUGCACAGCAGCCUGAUGAGUGAAGUUCAAGAGAUUACUAAAAAUAUUCAAAGAUUAAAGGAUGCAUUGGCACAGGCUCAGACAGAGCUGAAAGGCCUGAGCUGCCGACAGCUGUCCUUGGAGGAAGAGAUCAAGGUCAAGGAGAAUACACUGUACAUUGAUGAAGUGCUGUGCAUGCAAAUGAGAGAGUCUGUUUGCAUAAACAAUUACUGAAGUCAUCAUACUCGGGGACAUUGUGCUCCAAAGAACCAGCUCCUGCUGAAAUGUUAUUGACAAACUUGCAAAUUUAUUGGCUUGGCUCAAUACUGUCUAGUUAUGCGAGGUAAUUAAAACCUCAUACUUACAGCUCUCUGUUUCACAGCUAUCUAUGCUCUAAAACGUUAGAUGAAAUCCUCCACU